AUGGAGUUCGGAGCAGUUUCCGACGAGAUGGAAGUAAAGGCGCCGGCGGCCGAGGCAUGGAAGGUGUAUUCUACUCUGCAACUGGCGAAACUUGUCGUGGAGAUGCGUCCUGACUUGGUUGAGAAGUUUGAGGUAGUCGAAGGUGACGGUGGCGUCGGAACAAUUCUGAAGCUGAGUUUUCCGGCGAGCACGCCGGUGUUUACGUAUUCGAAGGAGAAAUUCACCGUUGUUGACGAAGAGAAGCGAGUGAAAGAAGCGGAGGUGAUUGAAGGCGGAUACCUGAAUCUAGGGUUCACUCUGUUUCGGGUUCGGUUUGAAAUUAUAGAGAAAGAUGAAAUCACUUGCAUCACUAAAACUACAAUUGAGUAUGAAGUGAAGGAGGAAUCAGCUGCCAAUGCUUCAUUUGUUAGUACUCAGACUUUUGUUGAAAUCAUGAAUGCCGUUGCAACCUAUCUAACCACUAAGCAAUUGUAA